AUGCCUCUUACUCUACUAGACUUUAUUGUCGCCGGGGCCGUCGCCGCUGUUGCUGCUGGCUUCUACGUGCGCUACACGCGCCGUACCCCAGCUCCUCCCUCGCGCGGCGCGUCCGUCGAGGUCGCGCCUGAGAAGACUUCGCUGCCCGCACCUGAUGCGCUUCACAACUUUGUCCUCGAGUCCGCUCAUGUUAGGAAUCACAUCUACGUCAAUAAGACAAUCCGAUGGCCAUACUUCCAGACAAUGUCGCACCAGCCUAUGAAUGUCAACGACUGGAUAGAGAUCGACAAGGAUUACCGUUGGUAUAUUGAGGAGAAGCAGCGUGUGAUCGAGGAGCAUGGCAAGGUCGUCAUGGAUUCGCUCCCGGAUAACGACGAGGCAUGUGCGGAGCUGCUUGAGAUCCUGGUCGACUAUCUCCCAAAGCGGUACCCUACCUUAUUCGAGCCUCUUGGCACGAACGGUAUCUGGAACAAGGCUACAGACGAGCGCUUCCCAGACCUAACGGGCGUACGCGGCACAGACGCGCUCCGCGUCAUUUCCAAACUCGUUCAAGACGACUUCCUUAUGGGGCGCGAACGCGCAGACGGCAAAGUUUACUUUACUGGGGGCUUGAUUGCCUUCCCCGGUUUCUACUUACUCUCGCAGUACAUCGGGCAAUGGAUCGGUCAAGUCCACGCUGGUGUACCAUACUUCAACGAGAAGAUCCUGAUGAGCGUGGAACGGACCCUCAAACGCUUCAAGCCCACUGAACCGUUCGAACGCACGUCAUGGACCAUUACAGACGACCGAAACAUCCACUAUCACAACAUGGUCAAGACGGAGAGUCUUUCGGAGCAGAUACAUCCUAGGGAUUUGUGGCUGCGAAUGGAUCACCAAACCUUCCGCAAGCUUCCGCGUUCGAAUGGCAUCGCGUUCGGCGUACACGUCGUUCAGAAGCGCGUCGAGGACCUGGCGGAGAUGCCUCUUGUACCAGCUCUGGUCGAGAAGCACUACACCGACGGCGACCAUAAGCUUAUGCAUCACAAACUGGACUACGUGUACAAGGAUAGGCUCAUUCCCUACCUCCGGGAGUUGACGCAGCGUCAACUUGAUCAAGGCUUGAUCAAACAAGAAGAUCUUGAACGCGUUCAAGACUUCCGCGAUAUUAUCCUGGACAAGAUAUGGCCGAAUCCUCAAACCACGCUCAGUCAACCGACUGAAUCAGAGAAGCUCGUCUUGUCUGGAAGCGCUACUGCAUAG